AUGCCUCAAAACGAAUAUAUUGAACAACACAUCAAACAACAUGGUAGAAGAUUUGACCAUGAAGAAAGGCAGAGGAAGAAGAAAGCAAGAGAGGGCCAUCGUGUAGCUAAAGAUGCUCAAAACUUGAAGGGAUGGAGAGCUAAGCAAUUCGCCAAAAAGAGAUAUAGUGAAAAGGUAUCGAUGAAGAAGAAGAUCAAGGCUCAUCAAGAAAGUAAAGUCAAGGGUCCAUCAACUCCUAAGGAAGAAGAUGGCGAAGCUUUGCCUACAUAUCUUUUGGAUCGUCAAACUAACAAUACUGCCAAAGCUUUAUCAUCCAGUAUAAAGCAAAAGAGAUUGGAAAAGGCCGACAAGUUUUCUGUUCCUUUACCUAAAGUUAGAGGUAUUUCCGAAGAAGAGAUGUUCAAAGUGAUCAAGACUGGUAAGAAAAAGAGCAAGAGUUGGAAAAGAAUGAUUACAAAACACACAUUUGUUGGAGAAGGUUUCACCAGAAGACCAGUGAAAAUGGAAAGAAUUAUACGUCCUUCAGCUUUGAGGCAAAAGAAAGCCAAUGUCACUCACCCAGAAUUGGGAGUCACUGUUUUUUUACCGAUCUUGGGUGUGAAAAAGAAUCCGCAAUCACCAAUGUAUACUCAAUUGGGUGUUUUGACCAGGGGUACCAUUAUUGAAGUAAAUGUUUCCGAAUUGGGAUUGGUUACUGCUGGUGGUAAAGUGGUUUGGGGUAAGUAUGCACAAAUCACAAAUGAACCAGAUAGAGAUGGCUGCGUCAAUGCUGUCUUGUUGGUAUAA